AUGGCCUCCAAAAACGCCAGCCGAGCUCUGCGCAGCUCAUUGAGGCAACUCAGCGCUCCGCGCAUCCAGCAGAGGACAUUCGCUGCCGCUGUCAGCGCUGCCCGUCCAGCAUGGCAGAAGGCAGCGACUCCGGCUUUCGUGCAGCAGAGCAGAGGCAUGAAGACGGUGGACUUUGCAGGAGACAAGGAGGUGGUAUACGAGCGCGAUGACUGGCCUCGUGACAAGCUACUCGACUACUUCAAAAACGACACGCUCGCACUCAUCGGCUACGGCUCGCAAGGACACGGCCAGGGCUUGAACUUACGCGACAACGGUCUGAACGUGAUCAUUGGCGUGCGGAAGGACGGACAGAGCUGGAAGGAGGCGCAACAAGAUGGAUGGGUGCCUGGCAAGAACCUGUUCGAUGUCGACGAGGCGAUCGGAAAGGGUACCAUCAUCAUGAACCUGCUCAGUGAUGCCGCGCAGAGCAGCACGUGGCCGCACAUCAAGCCUCAGCUCACCAAAGGGAAGACCCUCUACUUCUCCCACGGCUUCUCCCCAGUCUUCAAAGACCAGACCAACGUCGACGUGCCCAACGACAUCGAUGUCAUCCUCGUCGCACCCAAGGGCUCUGGCCGCACGGUCCGCACGCUCUUCCGCGAGGGCCGGGGUAUCAACAGCAGUGUGGCCGUCUUCCAGGACGUCACCGGCAAGGCAGAAGAGAAGGCCAUUGCUCUGGGUGUCGCCGUCGGCUCCGGCUACCUCUACAAGACGACCUUCGAGAAGGAAGUCUACUCCGACCUGUACGGCGAGCGCGGCUGCUUGAUGGGCGGCAUCCACGGCAUGUUCCUCGCCCAGUACGAGGUCCUGCGCGAGCGCGGCCACUCUCCCAGCGAAGCCUUCAACGAGACCGUCGAGGAGGCCACCCAGUCCCUCUACCCGCUCAUCGGCCAGAACGGCAUGGACUACAUGUACGCCGCCUGCUCCACCACCGCCCGUCGCGGCGCCAUCGAUUGGUCCGCGCGCUUCAAGGAGAACCUCAAGCCGCUGUUCCAGGAGCUGUACGAGAGCGUGAAGACGGGCAAGGAGACGCAGCGCGCCAUGGAGUACGGCAGCCGCUCGGACUACAGGCAGGCGUUUGAGAAGGAGCUGGAGGAGAUCCGGGGCAUGGAGAUCUGGCGCGCUGGCAAGGCGGUGCGGAGCCUGAGGCCCGAGAACAACUAG